AAUUGCCGCUAAUGCAUGACUUGCAGGGAUGUUGGGCUGGGGACAUCCGUCUAUCGACCUUACCUGGAAUCACAAGACGACGACCCAACGACCGAAACAAACAAUCUCAAGACGCCACGAACAACACACUCCUUCAGGCGCCAUAUUUGAACAUCCACCGUCUUUUGAGUAGCGCUUAUGGAUGGCGACUUCACAUUCUAAUUAAGGCGCUCGCAGGGAGCAGUACUCUGGAAGAUGUCGCAACAAGCAGUAGACGUCCUGAAUAGACUAGUAGGAGAGCUACGUUCUCGAAAUGAAGAUGUACGAAAACGAGCUGCGAUAGAGCUCCAGGAGUUGGUGGUGGUUACUGCGAGAGACUUUCCACAGGAGCGCUUUAUCGAAUUCUACAAUGUCGUCAAUGGAAAAAUAACACAAUUAAUAAGUCAUGGAAACGAUCCUAUCGACCGCCUGGGCGGCGUCAUGGCCCUCGAUGCACUCAUCGACUUUAAUGGCGUCGACGCAGCUCAGAAAACUACGCGAUUCGCCCAAUCCCUGAGGAGUGUGCUCAGGAGUAAAGACCUUGUCGCCAUGCAGCCAGCAGCCGUGGCGCUGGGGAGAUUAUGCCGACCCGGAGGCUCUUUAAUAUCCGAACUGGUAGAGAGCGAGGUGAAGACCGCCUUAGAGUGGCUACAGUCAGAUCGGGUCGAGGAACGUCGCUACAGUGCAGUCCUCAUACUGAGAGAGUUGGGUAGAAAUGCGCAAACCCUCAUGUAUGCAUAUGUACAGCAUGUUUUCGACCUUAUCUGGGUUGGCUUGCGGGAUAUACGACUCCUCAUUCGAGAAACAGCUGCGGAGGCUAUCAGCGCCUACUUCCAAAUAAUCCGGGAAAGAGAGCAGGCCAGGAGACUGCAAUGGCAGUCGAUGAUAUACGAGGAAUCACGCGUUGGAAUCAAAAUGGGGACAGUCGAGUCAAUUCACGGUUCUCUUCUGGUCAUCAAAGAGCUACUACAGCAAGGAGGCAUGUUCAUGCAUGAGCAUUACCAGGAGGCAUGCGAGAUCGUUUUCAAAAUGAAAGAUCACCGCGAACCUGUGAUUCGCCGCACCGUGGUGCUUUUAAUACCCGAAUUAGCAAACUACUCUCCCACAGAUUUCGCACAAACCUACCUCCACAAGUUCAUGAUUUUCCUGUCUGGGAUGCUCAAGAAAGACAAGGAGAGAAACGACGCAUUCUUGGCCAUUGGCAACAUCGCCAAUGCAGUUAAGAGUGCAAUUGCGCCAUAUCUCGAUGGUGUUCUGAUUUAUGUCCGUGAGGGUUUAAGUCUUAAAUCUCGUCGAAGUGGCAGCGUGGAUCCUGUGUUCGACUGUAUCAGCAGGUUGGCCGCAGCAGUUGGUCAGACUCUUAGCAAAUAUAUGGAGGCUCUCCUAGACCCUAUAUUUGCUUGCGAGCUGACGCCAAAGCUGACACAAGCUCUGGUGGACAUGGCCUUCCAUAUACCACCUGUUACAUCUAUCAUCCAGGAGAGGCUCCUUGACAUGCUCAGCAACAUUCUAUGUGGGGAGCCCUUCAAGCCUCUUGGAGCACCAACCCCGAACAGUAUUGCUGCAGUGCCAAUUGUGUCCAAAGAUUCAAAGGACCCACAGGCCUACGAGCAUCGUCAGGCGGAGAUUAAGCUGGCAUUAAACACUUUGGGCAGCUUUGAUUUUUCAGGCCAUGUGCUCAACGAGUUCGUCCGUGAUGUCGCUAUCAAAUAUGUCGAGGACGAAAGCCCUGAAAUCAGAGAGGCUGCGGCUUUAACGUGUUGCCAGCUUUAUAUUCGGGAUCCGAUUGUCAACCAGACUAGCUAUCACGCAAUCCAGGUUGUCAACGAAGUAAUUGAGAAGUUGCUCACAGUUGGCGUAGCAGACCCAGAUCCGCAAAUUCGACGAACAGUACUGGCUGCUUUGGAUGAAAGGUUCGAUCGGCAUCUUGCGAAGUCGGAGAAUAUCCGUACGCUGUUCUUUGCCCUCAAUGAUGAAGUCUUCGCUAUCCGAGAAGUGGCGAUUACUAUUAUUGGACGCCUAACACUUGUUAACCCGGCCUACGUGGUCCCCUCGUUACGAAAAGUACUCAUCCAGAUGUUGACCGAGUUAGAGUUUUCUGAUGUUGCCCGAAACAAGGAAGAGAGCGCGAAACUAUUGAGCCUUUUGGUUCAAAACUCUCAAAGGUUAAUCAAGCCUUAUGUCGAUCCAAUGAUUUCGGUUUUGCUGCCGAAGGCGAGAGAUCCAAGUCCAGCGGUGGCUGCAACAAUUCUAAAAGCUAUUGGUGAGCUUGCUACCGUUGGCGGUGAAGAUAUGAUACCAUAUAUCGACCAACUUAUGCCAAUUAUUCUCGAGGCCCUUCAAGACCAAAGCUCGUCACAAAAGCGAGAAGCAGCCUUGAAAACAUUGGGCCAACUUGCCAGUAACUCUGGUUAUGUUAUCAAGCCAUACAUGGACUAUCCCCAGUUGCUGGAGAUACUGCAAGGUGUGAUCCGGGGGGAGUCUCAGAGAGGCCCGCUGCGACAAGAAACAAUCAAGUUAAUCGGCAUUCUCGGAGCAUUGGAUCCGUAUAAGCAACAGCAAGUGGAGGAAAAAUCCCCUGAGAUGCAAUUACGGUCGGAGUCCAACCAGAUGACCGACAUCUCCCUCAUGAUGACUGGACUUACACCAUCUAACAAGGAGUACUAUCCUACAGUUGUCAUCAAUGCUUUGUUACAAAUCUUGAAGGACCAGUCCCUUGUACAACAUCACGCUGUUGUAAUCGAAGCGAUUAUGAAUAUUUUCAGAACCUUGGGUUUGGAGUGUAUUUCAUUUCUCGACAAGAUUAUUCCUGCUUUCAUAUCGGUAAUCCGCGCCUCGCCAGCGAACAGGCUCGAAUCUUACUUUAACCAACUUGCUAUUCUUGUCACUAUUGUUCGCCAGCAUAUUCGAAAUUAUCUUCCGGACAUUGUCGAAGUCUUGCAAGAAUACUGGAAUGUUUCUCCAUCACUACAAGCUACUAUCCUCCAGCUUGUGGAGGCCAUUGCUCGCUCUCUCGAGGGGGAAUUUAAGAUCUACCUUGCUAGUCUCCUUCCACUUAUGCUUGGUGUGUUAGAGAAGGACACUUCAACCCGUCGACUGCCAUCCGAGAAGGUCCUACACGCGUUCUUGGUUUUCGGAUCGAGUAGUGAAGAAUACAUGCACCUAAUCAUUCCCGUCAUUGUGAAGGUUUUUGAAAAGCCACAACAGCCUUCUUUUAUUCGAAAAUCCGCAAUAGAUGCUAUCGGGAAAAUCUCUCGUCAGGUCAAUCUUAAUGAUUAUGCCUCAAAGAUCAUCCAUCCUCUGGCACGAGUCUUAGGGGGGUCCGAUCCAUCUUUGAGGCUUGCAGCACUGGACACUCUUUGCGCAUUGAUAUUCCAGCUUGGAAGAGACUACCUCCACUUUGUCUCUACAAUCAAAAAGGUGCUUAUUGCCCAUCAGAUAACGCACCAAAACUACGAUCUCCUUGUUACCAAGUUGCAAAAGGGCGAGCCUCUCCCACAGGAUUUAAGCCCAGAAGAACGAUACUACAACCAAAUUGACGAGGCCCCGUUCUCUGAUAUCAGCAAUAAAAAGCUUGACUCGAACCCAGUGCAUCUGAAGAGUGCUUGGGAUGCUCAGGGGAAGUCAACGAAAGAAGAUUGGCAAGAGUGGAUGCGAAGAUUCAGCGUGACUGUCCUUAUGGAGUCACCGAAUCAUGCGCUGAGGGCCUGUGCAAGUCUGGCAAGCACCUAUCCACCUCUUGCAAAGGAGUUGUUCAAUUCUGCAUUUGUCUCUUGCUGGAGCGACCUCUUUGAACAGUACCAAGACGAUCUUAUUCAGAAUAUCGAGCUAGCCGUCAAAUCACCUCAUAUUACGCCAGAUCUCCUUGGAAUUCUGCUGAACCUCGCAGAAUUUAUGGAGCACGAUGAUAAGGCUUUGCCGAUCGAUAUUCGAAUUCUUGGCCGCGAAGCUGGUAGAUGCCAUGCAUACGCGAAGGCAUUGCAUUAUAAAGAGCUGGAAUUCCUCCAGGACCAGAGCGGGGGUGCCGUUGAAGCAUUGAUACAGAUCAAUAACCAGUUGCAGCAAUACGACGCUGCGAUUGGAAUUCUCCGGAGAGCACAACUUUAUGCAGAUGGCAUUGCUCUGCGUGAGACUUGGUUUGAAAAGCUUGAGAGGUGGGAAGAGGCACUGGAUUUCUACAAGCAGAGGGAGCAAGAAAGCACCGAGCCUGGUGAGAGGAUAGAGAUCAUCAUGGGCAAGAUGCGAUGUUUACACGCUCUUGGUGAAUGGGAUGAACUCUCGGCUUUGGCUCAAGAUACCUUCCAUACUUCAACUCUUGAUGUUCAGCGAAGGAUCGCACCAUUAGCUACUUCCUCUGCUUGGGGAUUGGGCAAGUGGGAUCUUAUGGAUGAUUACUUAAGCGUCAUGAAGAUCCAGUCUCCGGACCGAUCAUUCUUCGGUGCAAUUCUCGCACUUCAUAGGAACCAGUUCCACGAGGCGAGCGUAUACAUUCAAAAAGCAAGAGAAGGACUAGAUACGGAGCUGAGCGCUCUUGUGAGCGAGUCGUACAAUCGCGCAUAUGCUGUAGUCGUUCGGGUUCAGAUGCUUGCCGAGCUUGAAGAGCUUAUCGUGUACAAGCAGAGCAACGACAAUCCAGCUAAGCAAGAAACUAUGAGACGUACGUGGGAGACACGUUUGUUGGGGUGCCAACGGAACGUCGAAGUAUGGCAACGAAUGUUGAAGCUCCGUGCGCUCGUCAUUUCUCCCAAGGAGAACAUGCAGAUGUGGAUCAAAUUUGCCAAUCUGUGUAGAAAAUCAGGUCGGAUGGGUCUGGCUGAAAAAUCUCUGCAACAAUUAAUUGGUAACGAUGACAGUCUCGAUGCUGUUCUGCCAUAUAUCAAUGCUGAUGGCCACGGGCAAUACCAUCGCGAGCCACCUAGACAUAUUACUCCAGCAGUCAAUUAUGCCGUCCUCAAAUAUCACUGGGCCGUUGGGCACAAGGCUGCUGCAUUAGAUGGGCUUAAAAUCUUCAGCAACGACAUGGCCGAAAGACUGCAUUCGUCGCAGAUGGCCGCGCAUGGCAUGCAGGAUGGACAUGGCGCCAACGACAUGGCAAACGGCCUCUCUGCUGUGAAUGGCAACGGCGCACCCUACGCUAUGAGCCCCAAGGCUUUGGCAGACCAUACGGAGUUGCUUUCUCGAUGCUGCCUCAAGCAAGGAGAAUGGCAAGUGUCGCUAAACCGAGGUGACUGGCGUCAUGACCAAGUUGGAGAUAUCUUGGCGGCAUAUUCUGCUGCCACUCAAUUCAAUCCGAACUGGUAUAAGGCUUGGCAUGCUUGGGCUCUGGCGAACUUCGAAAUUGCUCAGUCUGUGAAUCAGAAGCCGGAGCGAGAGACAGCAGUGGUACCUCACAAUGUCUUGAUUGACCACGUUGUCCCUGCUGUGAGGGGAUUCUUCAAGUCGAUUUCACUAUCAGCCGGUAGCUCUUUGCAAGAUACGCUUCGACUCCUUACGCUAUGGUUUGCACACGGCGGGAACCCCGAGGUGAAUGCAGUGGUUAUCGAGGGAUUUGCUUCGGUCAGCGUUGAUACCUGGCUCGAGGUUAUCCCGCAACUUAUUGCGCGCAUUAACCAGCCAAAUACACGCGUGCGGCAAUCGAUUCAUGCCCUACUUGCAGAUGUCGGGCGUGCACAUCCUCAGGCCCUUGUAUACCCUCUUACUGUUGCCAUGAAGUCUGCACAAACUACAAGAAGAUCCAGGUCAGCUGGCCAAAUUAUGGACAGCAUGCGCCAGCACAGCGCCCAACUUGUGGACCAAGCCGACGUUGUUAGCCAAGAACUUAUCCGCGUCGCAGUGCUUUGGCACGAGCAAUGGCAUGAAGGUCUUGAAGAAGCAUCGAGACUCUACUUCGGUGCCAAUGAUAUUGAGGGCAUGUUUGCGACACUCACCCCUCUACACGAACAGCUUGACAAGGGCCCAGAAACUCUGCGUGAAAUUUCCUUCGCUCAAACAUUCGGCCGUGAUCUUCAAGAAGCAAGGGAAUGGUGCUACACGUACAAGCAAUCGAGGGAUGUCGGCGACUUGAACCAAGCUUGGGAUUUGUACUAUCAAGUUUUCCGGCGCAUUGCUCGCCAACUACCUCAACUUACCAGUCUAGAGCUUGCAUAUGUCUCACCAAAGCUUCUUCAUGUACGCGAUCUUGAUCUUGCCGUGCCCGGCACUUACCAGAGCGGCAAGCCAAUUAUUCGCAUUAUAUCUUUCGACCCGACAUUUUCGGUGAUUAAUUCCAAGCAACGACCAAGAAGACUCCGUAUGAAUGGCAGCGAUGGUGUUGCAUAUGCCUUUCUCUUGAAGGGUCACGAGGACAUGCGUCAGGACGAACGUGUUAUGCAGCUCUUCGGUCUCUGCAAUACCCUACUCUCGCACGAUUCAGAGUCGUACAAGCGUCAUCUCAAUAUCGAAAGAUACCCCGCAAUUCCUCUAUCACAAAGUUCUGGUCUUCUUGGUUGGGUUGAAAACAGCGAUACUCUCCAUGUUCUUAUUCGUGAAUAUCGCGAGAGCCGUAAGAUUCUGCUCAAUAUUGAGCAUCGCAUCAUGCUUCAGAUGGCACCGGACUAUGACAACCUAACCUUGAUGCAGAAAGUGGAGGUCUUUGGCUACGCCCUUGACAAUACUACUGGCCAGGAUCUUUAUCGGGUUUUGUGGCUGAAGAGUAAGAGCUCUGAGGCCUGGUUGGACCGCCGCACGAACUAUACCCGCUCUCUAGGUGUGAUGUCCAUUGUUGGCUACAUCCUAGGCCUUGGUGACAGGCAUCCUUCCAACUUGAUGCUUGAUAGGAUCACCGGAAAGAUCAUCCAUGUCGAUUUCGGUGACUGUUUCGAAGUUGCUAUGCACCGCGACAAAUACCCGGAGAGAGUUCCAUUCCGUCUCACAAGAAUGUUGACAUAUGCUAUGGAGGUUAGCAAUAUUGAAGGAAGUUUCAGAAUUACUUGCGAGAAUGUGAUGAGAGUUGUCAGAGACAACAAAGAGUCCUUGAUGGCCGUCCUUGAGGCUUUCAUUCACGACCCCCUUCUUAACUGGCGCCUGACUGGAGCCCAUUCCCCUGGCGAGGGCCCUAACUUCCGUUCUGAUCGCCGAGGCUCCAUAAUGGCAGCGGAUCAACGGCGCCCAUCGAUUUUGGAUGCCAACAUCCCCCCCAGCGAGCUAGUCGCCCAAGAUCCAACAACAGCACCAGGCGGCCCUCCAUCCGCACGUCCACGUGGUCGCACCAAUUCUACUGCAGUUACUGAACCUGGGCAAGACCAUACUGAGAUCCAGAAUGAGAGAGCAGUGCAAGUUCUGAACAGGGUCAAGGAGAAACUCACAGGGCGUGAUUUCAAACCGGACGAGGAGUUGAGCUAUAUCAACCAAGUCGAUAAGUUGCUCAUUGAGGCGACGAAGCUGGAGAACCUUUGCCAGCAUUACAUUGGGUGGUGUAGUUUCUGGUAGGGUAUGGAAUAUGUUAUUCGUGUAUGUAAUGGAACAAGGCAAGGCAAUUGCUGGGAACGAAUCUUCUUUUUGUGGAAAUAGAUGCAUAGGGAUUGCUUUACUGUACGAGCUUUGCACGGAGUUGGUGGACAGGUACUUCGUUGGACUUUCGGACUGUGGUUCGUUUAGCCUCGAGUGGGAUUUGCUUCAAAGGAGUUGACUAUAUCACUGUAGCAAUCAUUUAAUAUUCGUCUA